UAAUGGACGUCCGAGCGAUGGUGAGACCGUAGUCGUACUGGCUCGAGCCUUGCCCAGUGGCCCACUUGGGCCACGCGAAGCCCCACCGCACCCCCUGAGGGGCGGCACGCUUUGCGCCAGAUGCCCGCGGGAAUUCCCCGGGCGUUGCCCCUGGUGCAGCUGCCCAGCCGCAGCUGGACCCCGGGCUUCGAGGAGAGCUCAUUGGUCGCCACGCAGAGCGGCCCCCAGGGCGGACGCGAGUACGGCGCGGCGGGCGAGGGGGGCCCCGCGGCCGCGCCGCGCCUCGCCUGGGCGCACGCGGCAGCCAAGGUGCCGAGCCUCGCGGGCACGGCCGAGGAGCAGCCCUGGCAGCCUGCCCAUGAGCACCCAGCGGUCGCGGCGCCGCAGUGCCGCGAGGACGGCCACAAGGAGCACGCGGCAGCCAAGGUGCCGAGCCUCGCGGGCUCGGCCGAGAAGCAGCCGUGGCAGCCUGCCCAGGAGCAUUCGACGAUCGUCACGCCGCGGUGCCACAAGGACGGCCACGAGGACGGGGGCGAGUGCCACAGCUGGGCCAGAAUCCGCACGCCGUCCCCCGAGGGGUGGUACGUGUCGCACGGGUACGUCCCGCGCGACCUGCCGGCAGCGCGGACCUCACGGUGCCACGCGCUGCCGCCCCAGGAGCAGCAGUGCCACGGGCCACACAGCGGUGCCCCCACCGUGCUGCCCACAGCGGCGCCACGGCCCCUACGGCGGCUGCUGCUCUCCGACGUGCUGCAGCGCGAGCGUGCAGAGGGUGGUCAGGCUCUGGACGGCAAGGCUUUCCGCGGCCAGCACCGCGCAGGGGAGUGGCCCGGGGCCGAUGGGAAUGCGGGUGCUUCGGGCCAGGCGCCUGCAGCAGAUGCAAAAGUGCACAGCAUUGGGUCCGCGGGCCAUCCGCACAGCUGCGCCCUGCCCUGCAAGUACUCGCGCGGCGGUCGCGUGUGCAAGGACGGCGCGGCCUGCAAUCGUUGCCACUUCUGCCCGUGGCGCAGGGAGAAGAGAGACCGCGCAGCAGAGGGACAAGCGCACGCGGAGAGCUAGGGACUGGACUGGGUGCUGAGCAAGGGGUGAUGACCUCGGCGACGAUGCCCACGGCAUCCACAGACCAGCCUGCACAUAUCGGACUUGAUCCUCAACCUGCGGAUCCGAUGGAGUCAGAUGGGAAUCGAUUUCCCAGCGCCGUCAUACACAGUAGUAGCUCCUUCCGCUUUGCAUCUGCACACAAGAUGGAAGGGUAGAAAAAGGAGA